AUGUCUGUCGCGCUGGAAGACCAAGGACAGGACGUCACCGUCCUGCAAGAUACCACUAACGCGGUCCACAUGACCAAAGACUUAGCGAUACCAGACGACAUCGCCGCGCUCGACAAGGGCAUCGCUGAUGUUCCGCUAGAGGAAGCGAUCAUCUUGAAUGGCGAUGCGCACGCAGAAGAUGAGGCGCAAGAGCCCGUCAACGAAGAAUCCGUAUCAGCUGGCGAGGCUGAUGCAUCACAUGAGGAGCCUCAAGCGGUAGUCGAGGAAGAAAUUGUAGAACAGGAGGACACGCCGCAGGCAGAGGCGCAAGAUGCUACUACGCAUGCUGCUGCGGACCCUGUGGUCAUCGAGGAAGUGGUCGAGGUUGAUGCGAGCGCGACGGACGCGUCUGAGGUCGACGAGCCAUCCGCAGUCGCUGAGGAAACGCCACUGGUUGAGGAGUCUUCGCAGUUGGAGGUUACAUCCGCCGACGAACCUCUCGGUUUAGAAGCGGCUGAGUCUGCUCCCGAUGCGCCUACCCAUGUGGAAUCAGUUGAGCCCAGAGCGGUGGAGUCCCCAGAACCUACCGAGACCAUCACAGUUGAAGCUGUGGUUAUCGAAGAGGCGGGGGUUGAACCACAAGUUGUGGCCGUUGGCACAAUAGAGCCAGAGGCCGAAUCGGAGGGUUUGGAAGAGGACGCUGGGAGCGCUGCACCCAUUGUCGUUGAAGAAUUCGCAGCAGAAGAAUCAGAAAUCCAUGCAGAGGAAGUAAUCGCUGAAGCCCCGCUCGCUCUGGAAGACGACCCCAUCGAGGACGAUGCGCAGACACCGGAAACGGUAGCUGUGAUUGUUGAGGAAGUUGUAUCGGAUAUCCCCACGGGAACAGUUAGUGAAGACGAGGAGGAACAGCCUACUGAGGCGGACAUUGCUGCUAUCGAGGAAGAAGCGGACGUCACUGCUGAGCCAGUGCCGACGGAAGUCGUUCUUGUCGAAGAUUCUGCUCCAGUCGAAGUUAUUGUCGAAGAUUCUGUUCCAGCUGAAGUUAUUGUCGAAGAAUCUGGACCCGUCGAUGUGAUCGUCGAAAGCGAAGAGGUUCCCGCAGAUAUUCCAGGUGACGAUGUCGAAACCGUGGAUGUUUCCUCCAUUGCUGUGGAUAUCCCGUCAACUGAAAAUGCCGUAGCACCUGAAGAAGUUUUCAUCGCAGAGAGUCCUGCGACUGGUGAGGAGACUGUGGAGUCGGAAGUUCCCUUGGAGGAGAUUGCAGUUUCAUCUGAAUCUGCCGACGUUUUGGACGAGUUGACCUCUGUAUCAGAGCCUACGCCGAGUGAGCCUGAAGUUGUUGUAGAAGAUUCGAUAUCGGUGGAGGUUCCGGCUGACUCGGAAGCUGCUGUCGAGGAGCCUGUCUCGGCUGAGGUUGAAUCUGAGCCCACUACAGACAUCUCGGCAGCUGCAAUGUCUGAAGCCGAAGUUGUUCAGCCACCUCAAGAAUUGUCCACUGCUGCAGCAGAAGCUGAGGUUGGCGACGUCGAGGUGGUACCUGAAUCAGAAAUUUCUUGCCAGGUUGAGAGUGACGCCACGGAGCCACCAUUAGGCGUGGUCGAAGAUGCUGCGGAGAUUAUUCCUCAAGAUACAAUUGCAGAAUUCGUUGAAAGUUCUGGUGAAGCCGAUGCUGAGACAUCAACUGUGGUAGUUGACACCGUAGAAGUAUCCGAGCCGGCUGAAUCUGAGCAGAUUCCUGUCCCUGCAGAAGAGAUCGCAAUCGUUGCCGCGGAGGCUUCCGAGGAUGAGGAGGAUACCACCGCGGAGCUCCAUGAGGUGGUUGACGAGUCGAUGAACACAACUGCAGCCGCUGAAGCUGAAGAGGCGGCUGUCGAGGAGACACCUGCAGAGGUUUUAAUACACGAGGAGCAACACGUGGAAGACGCCGUCACCGCUGACCAUGUGGUCGAACCAGAGGUCAUCAGUGCCGAAAACAUUGUUGAGGAAAUUGCAAUAGCCGAAGAAGAGACGGAUCUGGCUGCCGAGGAACCUGCGGUCAUUGAGGAGGUCGUGGCUGUGCAGAGCGAGAGCUCCCCCGCGGAGGAAGUUGAGGCGCCAGUUCCUGCAGACACAGAGACUAUCGAGCACGAAGUUCCAGCCCUUUCAGAAGCCUCUGUCACUCUAAUCAGUGAAGAUGUAGAGGAAGUAUCUGCGCCUCUAGUCGUUGCAGAGCCCUCGACGACAGACGAAGUAUCUGUGGACCUUGAUGCUGAGGUAGUCAAGCCUAUCCAAGUGGCCGGCGAAACCCCGGUAAUUGUUGUCGAGGCGAGCCAAUCCGAAGAUGAUGCAGUAGAACUGUCAGAGGAAGUGAAUGUAUCAGAAAAUGUACUCCCGGCUGGUGAGACUGAAGUAGAGCGACCGAAAUCGCCUUGGACUCCCUCCUACAGCGUCACGAGGCAGGGUCCUGGUGUGAACGCUGAAGCGGAAGACAACGAAAUAGCGGAUCUAGAGCAGCUGCCUGAACCCUCUGUACACGCGAGCACGUUCGUAGCUGAUUCACCUAGCGCCGCAAUCGUGACAGAAGAGGAAAUUGCCGAUGGAACCACUGUUGAAGAAGAUAUUGAAGAAACUAUUGUGCCCGCUGAAGAAGCUGCGUCGUCCGUGGUACAAGAGACCGUCGACGUAGUGGAUGUUGAAUCUAUUGUUGAACCAACGGUCGCAGACGUGGCGUCCGAAGUCCCCGCAGCGAUAGCCGAGACUAUAGAAGAAGAAUCUCCUGCUUCAUUGGACGAGCAAGAAGAACCCAUAACCGUUGACGACGUACAAGCAGCCGACGUAUCUAUCGAAACUCCGGUCAUUGUCGUAGAUGUCGAUGAGUCCGAGACUGGUAUCGAGGAAUCGUCAGCGGAGCUUGAUAUUUCAGAAGUAUCUAGUCCAAGUGGUGAAGCUGAGAUUGAGCGCCCCAAGUCUCCUUGGACUCCUUCAUAUAGUGUCACUGUGCAAGGUCCUGGAACGGACGAAGUUACGGCGGAGGAUCAGGAUGAGAUCGCAGAACUAGACCAGCUUCCUCCCCCUGCUGAGGCCAUUUCUGCAGAGUCGGCGAUAGAGGUGAUAGAGGCUCCCGUCGAAGAACCUAUUGAAAUACCUAUCAUCAGUACCGAGAUUGUUGAUGCUCCCGAAGAGGAACCCAUGGCAGCUUCUGAUGCAGCUCCACCUCAGGCCACCGAGAGCGACUCCACGCAGAUAGCUGUCGACAGCAUAGAUGCAUCUAAGCCUCAAUCCUGGGUUCGUUCGUACUCCGUGAGUUCGCAGGGUGCUAGUCCCCUGCCUUCGCCGAAGACAAUUGCUGUCAAUGAUGCUCAGUUGGAUGUUGUUGAGCCUAUAGGCGCACCCGAGGCCAGUUCUGAGACAAUCAACGUGACUGACGAGACGGUCGCUGAAAUCCAGGAACCUGAGCUGGAGGUUGACGCUAUUGCCUCUACUACUGAGACGGUGGCCAUUAUUGUCAUUGAAGAUCAAGACGCUCUACCCCAAGCAGAAGAGGGAGAAGUCCAUGCUCCCACUACCGAGUCUGAUACUGCGGAUAGCUCAAAAUCCUCUUGGAUCCCCUCGUACUCUGUCAAUUCACAAGGCGCUAGUCCAUUGCAAGGCCCGCAUCCCACAGAGGAUGCUGAUAUUGAGGAAUUAAAAGAUGUUUCGCUGGCAGGUGCCAGUGUCGCAGAGCCUAUCGACUCAAUUGUGGAAGCGCCUGUCUCCGCGUCGACCGAUAUUGACUCUAAUGUCAAAGUCGACAACGAAGUUGCGGAGGAGACUGCUCAACCUGAAAUUGUUCUUACAAGUGAAGCGGAAGAAAUCGUCGCCGAAGAUACACAGUCUUCCUUGGACGCGUCAGCCCCAGAGGUGCCGGAAAGACCUUGGACACCUUCAUAUUCAGUCACGAACCAAGGGAAGAGUCCGUUCAGUGGCCCUGUUGUUCUCGAAGAUGAGGAGGUCAAUCAGCUAGACACGCUACCCGCUCCUGUUGAAGUAACAGAACAGCCGCCACCAGUCGACGUGAUCGAAGAGAUAGCGCCUGAAGCAGUUCCCGAAGAAGAAAUAGCGCAGACAGAUAACAUGACUGUCACAGAAGAAUGUCAUGAACGCCCAUGGACGCCUUCAUAUUCUGUAACUGUCCAAGGUCCAGGUACUUCUACUGAAGCAGCAAAUGGUGAUAGUUCGGAGCCAACUGGUGUCUCUAACGGCAAUGGUCAGCCUCAAGCGUUCCCGACUAUCGAAAACAACGAUGUGUCGAGUCAGAAGGUUGUUACCAAGCCAAGCUUGCUCCGUUUGGCCCCCCUGGAUGAGAAUGCUCCAGUCGAUAUCAGCGGUGAUUCUGAGACUCAAACUGGCACCACAUCUCCGACAAAUGGACGCGCUCGACUAGAGUCUACCACGUCGUCGCGUUUCUUCCCUGGAGGCUGGUUUUCAAGUACUCAUAAACUACCUGAAGGUCGAACGUCGCACGAAUAUGCCUCUGGAGAGUUCUCCAAGAGUCCAACUAGCGCAACAGAAUCCCCUGCCCUCGAAGUGCCAACAAAUACGCCAAUCGACGGCGUCAUCGACGAGAAAAAGAGAUCUAAAUGGUGCAUCAUUAUGUAA